UUUCGCGAGAUACAUAACCUCGAUGACGGUUCGGUGUCUGUUUUCAUUCCGCUUGGAUACUCGUUUUCGGCGUUCUCGUCUUCCACUCAUUGCAGCAACUGCCCAUUUGUUGGCUGCGUUUUAGUGCAUUCGUUGCCAUUUUUUGCGGAGUGUGUUCCGAAACUCGCAAUAGUUCGGCUAAAUCCCGGGACCUGCAAUUCAAUUAAAUGAUUGUGCGGUGAAAAAUGUAGUUUCAGUGCCAAGGAAGAAGGGGAGACUUUCUGGAAAACUUAGCAGGCAGCCGGAGCAACAGACGCUGUGAAUAUAAUCUCGAAUUGCCAUUAUGGAACUAUUUCCGGCCCAAAGUCGACCAUUACUGGCCGAUUAUUAUUCAAAUACAUCAAACGAAGACGAGGACGAGUAUUAUAGAAGCGAAAAUGAUAACAGUGUGACAAUAACCAAAGGUGACAUCGCUGGCGAUGACAUCGUUACGAGUAAUGGCAGUAGAAGGAAUCGUCAUCAGUUUUCAAAUCGUCGAACAAAACGUUAUACGCGUUGUGUAAUAAUCUGUGGUGCCCUAGUAGUCAUCUUACUUUUGAUAUAUAUUCCGUUAUUUAGUAAUAUCCAAUCAAGGCUAGGUAUGGAUGUUUGCAUACAGAUCAAUUCUAAUUCUUCCUGCAUGCAUGAAAGCGAAGUUGUACCGAUACCUGGCUGGGGAUUCAAUACUUCGAGGACUGUAUCGGAUUAUGUGUUCCCGGAUCGUGAUACAACUUUGAUAGAACCGAGGAGUGUUUGUCAUAGUAACUUUUUCGUUUUAAUUGUAGUGUGUUCGGCUGUGGAUAAUUUUUCGAAUAGACAAAUGAUUCGAGAAACAUGGGGAAAUGUAACGGAAUUCAAUUAUCCCUUAUUCUCCAAAAUUCAUAGUAAUCUUGCCGGCCAAUAUUUAGAUAUUAGCGAAUUGAAUUUAAGAAUGUAUGCUGACUUCUUGAAUAUUUCAAAGGAAUCAAAUUUAAACGAAUCUAGUCAUCAUCGUAAUUAUCCGGUUCGAAUAGUUUUUUUAAUUGGUAAGUCAAAAAAUAAUGAUAAGACUGGCAAUGAAACGAUAGCUCGACUAAAGCUCGAAUCCGAACAAUAUGAUGAUUUAAUCCAAGAGGACUUUCUCGAUACUUAUCACAACCUCACAAUAAAAUCAGUGAUGCUGUUGAAAUGGGUACAGAAGAGAUGUUUAACACGCGUGCGAUUUGUGAUGAAGUGUGAUGAUGACACGUUUGUGCAUAUACCGAAUCUCUUGCAUAUUCUGCUGGGCGGAACAGUGCCUAUUUACAAUUCAACAUUAGAAUACUUUGAUGCUGAGAAUGUGAAUGUUUUGGCGUCAAAAAAUCGACUUACUCAAGAUAAAGAUCUGCUGAUGGGCUACAUGUUUUGUUUUGUUAAGCCGGUCGCAACCGUUGGAAAUAAGUGGUAUUCUCCGCUAUAUAUGUACAGCGGCGAUACUUACCCAAACUAUUUAUCGGGAUCGAGUUAUCUUAUGUCCGUUGAUGUCAUACCUAAAUUAUUUAAUGCCUCGCUUCAUACAGCUCUUUUGCAUUUAGAAGAUGUUUAUAUAACGGGUAUAUGUGCAGAAAAAAUACAUUUGAGACGAAGACAGCAUCCUUUAUUCUGUUUUGAUCAUGCGCAUAACAAAUGUACAUACAGAGGGAUUGUCACGCAACAUUACCUCAAGGGUGAUGUUAUGCGUGAUGUGUAUUCUGCGACAAUGAACUUAACGAUCGAAUGUGCGCCUCCGGAUAAAUAUUUUAAAGUUAAGCGUCUAAAGAAACGAUUGAAAAAUUGCCAUUAUUAGAUUUUUUUUUUUAAAUUCUAGCACGUUAAUUGCCAUAGUGGAGGAAUUAAGUUUUCUGAAUAUUCAAGCACAAUAAUUAGAACCAACUUAUUUUCAAUUAAUUUUCUGAUGUGUAAGAACCCCUAUUGGCUCUUGAGAAUAAUUGAUUACAAAUGUUUAUGCCCAUGGCCAUUUAACGUGUUAAUGUUUGAUCUAGUAUUCUGAAAAAUAUCAGAAAAAAUUGUUUUCUAAAUGCAAAGUAGGCAAACAACGUGAUAAGAGAGUAACGAAGAUGAUAUUAGAAAGAAAAGUGAAUAUAGAUGCAACAAAUUAUCAUAAGAUAUUCAUAUUUUAGUGAAAAGUAAAAAAGAACAAUAAUUGUAGAUCGUAUUGUAUUCAAUUGUAUUAGGUAAGCUGUAAUUUUUUGUACAGUCUCAAUAAUGGAAUUCGUAGGCAAUCAUGUAGAUAAUGUUGCAUACAAGACAAAGCGACACCAUGAUGAUAGAGUGAAGCUUUUAGUUUACUUUUGCAUUGAAUUCAAAAUGACUCCAACGAUUCUAGGAAAGUAUUUUAAAAUUUCUAGGGCGCAAUUUUUUUCUCGCAAAAUGCUUUUAUUCGCAUAUAUAUAUACUAAAAAGCUUGAUCUCCUUAGAGUAUACCGAAAUUUUAGGAUUGUACAUAAUGUCAAUGUAUUAUACAUCUAUUAUCUACCCACUUAGCGUUUCAGCGGCGUAUAUAUUUUUAUAAUCGGUUUAUUGUACAUAGGAAAUUUGUUAUAACGGUAUAACUGCAAAUUAUCAUUGAAAAAUAUCAUGUAACUUAUUUAGAAGAAAUAAUGAAAAUGGAAGGCAUUUUCGCACAACUAAUUUGUAAAAAAAAUAUUAUAAAUUAUUAAAAUACAAACAUUAAAGAGAAGUUUCAAAACUA